AUGGCUGGGAAGCAAGAACCACACAAAUCAGAUGACCAAGAAAGGAAAAUUCCAGUAUUCACAGUCCUCAAGAACAACUCUAUUCUCAAGAACAUCUAUCUUUUAAACAACCUACCUUCAAUCUUUGACGAAAAUAGUGACAAAUCAAGGUCAAAUCAUCAGGUGUAUGAGGAAAGCUUGCUGGUUGGACGGCACCCAGAUUGCAAUAUUACGUUGGAGCACCCUAGCAUUAGCAGAUUUCAUGUUAGAAUUCAUUCCAGACCCUCUUCCCGGAAGCUCUCUGUAAUUGACUUAUGCUCUGUACAUGGGACUUUGGUUUCGGGAAAGAAGAUCGAACAAGGAGUUCCAGUAGAGUUGAAUGAGGGUGAUACAGUGCAGCUUGGUGCCUCAAGUAGGGUUUACAUGCUGCAUUGGGUUCCAUUGACCCGUGCCUAUGAUUUAGAGGAUCCAUUUAUCCCGCAGUUAGAUUCGUCGGUGGAAGAAAGAUUAGAACAGACAAACCAGGAUGGAAGCUUCUCGUGUGUUGAAAGUAAACAAAUUCAACCUGAUGGAUUCGAGGGUUUGGAUUUGUUAUUUUCUGAUGAGAAUUCGAAGUCAUCUGUGACAUUGAGAAAUGUCUCCAGAAAUCGAGGAAGAUUGGAAUCGGAGCUGGCUUUAUUGAAGAGCAGGACAGAUAAGGUGCCUUUUCAGUCUCUGCUUGUGGACUCCACUGGCAACAGCAACUCAGAAGCUUCUGUCUUUAAUCACUCCCGGAGAAGCGAAAAUAAUCAAACUCAAUCAACAGAUGAUGACUUCGAGGAUCUGGAUUUGUUAUUUUCUGAUGAAAGUCCGAAAUCAUCUAAGAAGAAAGCAAAUCAUUUGUCACCUUCAGUUCCUGGCUACGUAAAUUCUUCAUUUUCUCAUGAAGAUGAAGAGAAUCAGACUCCAAAAGUGUUCCAAGAACAGAAAUCAUUGAGACCUCCCUCCAUAAACCGGUCAAGAUUGGAACCAGAGAUGGCAGUGCUGAAAAGCAGAACAGAUAAGGUGCUUUCUCGGUCUCUGCUUGUAGACUCUACUGGCAAGAGCAACUCAAAAGCUUCUGUCCUUAAUCCCACCACCAUUAGAAGUGAAGAUCAUCAAAUCCAAUCGAUGGACAAUUAUUUUGAGGGUCUGGAUUUGUUAUUUUCUGAUGAGAGUUCGAAAACAUCUACGAAGAAAGCAAAAACUUCAGCACCUCUAUUGCCUGAAUACAUAAAUUCUUCAUUUUCUGAUGAAGACAAAGAGAAUUGGGCUCCAAAAAUGUUCCAAGAACAGAGAUCACUGAGACCUGCCUCCAGAAAGAGAGGAAGAUUGGAACCAGAGAUGGCGUUAUUGAAGAGCAGAACAGAUAAAGUGUCUUGUUGGUCUCUCCUUGUAGACUCUACUGGCAAGAGCAACUCAAAUGCUGCUGUCCUUAAUCCCACCCUAAGAAGUGAAAAUAAUCAGAUUCUGUCAAUGGUAAAUGAUUUUGAGGGUCUGAAUUUGUUAUUUUCUGAUGAGGGUUCGAAAUCACCUGUGAAGAAAACGAAUCCUCCAGCACCUCCAAUUCCUGAGUACACCAAUUCUUCAUUUUCUGAUGGAGACAGACAGAGUCGGACUCCAAAAGUGUUCCAAAGACAGAGAUACUUGAGACUUGCCUCCAGAAAUGGAGCAAGAUUAGAAGCAGAACUGGCAGCUUGUAAAAGCAGAACAGAUAAGGUGCCUUUUCUGUCUCUGCUUGCGGACUCUACUGGCAAGGGCAACUCAAAAUCUUCUGUCCUUAAUCCCACACUUGGAAGUAAAAAUAAUCAAAGCCAAGCAACGGGUGAUGAUUUUGAGAGAUUUGAUUUGUUAUUUUCUGAUAAGUUUUCGAAAUCAUCAAGGAAGAAAGAGAAUCCUUCAGCUCCUCCAGUUCCUGCAGACAUAAGUACUUCAUUUUCUGAUGAAGACAAAGAGAAUAAUACUCCCAAAUUGUUCCAAAAGCAGAGAUCAUUGAGACCUGCCUCCAGAAAUCAAGCAAGGUUGGAACCAGGGUUGGCGAUACUUAAGAGUAGAAGAGACAGGGUGCCACUUCGGCCUUUGGUUGUGAACUCUAAUGACAAGAGCAAUUCAAAAUCUUGUGUCCUUAAUCCCACCCUGAGGAGUGGCAAAUCUAUCAACUAUCCUCCAACCAUUGAGAAGAACAAUGCUGGUAGGGAGGAAAAUAAGAAGUGGACCAUGGUAGUGGACAGUGCUUGUCUGCUAAACAAGGAGUCAAGGAAGGCUUUGCAACUUUUGCAAGGCCUCAAGGGCACUCAACUGAUCAUUCCUAGAAUUGUCAUAAGAGAGCUGGAUUGCAAGAAACAGUGUUGGAGUUUGUUUAGAAGAAAGACACAGGUUUCUUCAGCAUUACAAUGGAUUGAAGAGUGUAUGCUGAAUAAUGAAUCAUGGAUUCAUGUUCAGAGCUCAGUGGAAGAGGGAAGGUCUAUUGCACCAAGUCCACCUGCUUCUCCUUUAUAUCAUCAAUUCGGUAAAGAGAAUGGAGAGUUCCCUCUUGGCUCAGUGCCAUUUUCUCCCUGUGGUAGUUUACUGGAAAUUGUUUCACCGACAGCGGAAGACCAUAUCCUCGAAUGUGCCCUUUUUUUCAGGAAUAUUAAGAAUGAUGGACAGCUCGUCCUCCUCAGUGAUGAUAUCACAUUGAAGAUCAAAGCCAUGGCAGAAGGUUUGAUCUGUGAACCAGCGGAGGAUUUCCGUGGGAGUCUGGUGAAUCCAUUCUCGGAGAGGUUUUUGUGGGCUGAUAGCUCUCCCAGAGGUGCUACUUGGACGUGUGUAGAUGAUAUUGUUCUCAGGGAGAAAUACUACCCCUGCCAGUUAAAGAAACUAUCAAAAUCAGGAGAAAGCACAAAGGGGUUGAAGCUCAUAUCGCUCCAACAAUUCUCAUUACAGGCAGAUAAACGCAGUCAGCUAAUCAUUCGCUAAAAUCCAACGAUUGCAGAUCAACAGUUAUUACCAAUACCAGUUCAAUUGAUGGUUUGAUCUCAUUUUACUGCUUAAGAAUCUCAUUUUCUUUCUGUGUUGCCUAUAAAUUGUGAUUUCCUUCUUGCUAUUAGAAAGUUUGCCAUGUAUUUGAUCUCAUGUUCUAGGGUCAAACCAAGAUACAGA